UCAGACACACACACACAGCUUGCCCAGUGUCAUCCCACCCUCCUCCCGUUCGGUAUCUGAUCCGUUUCACUUACAAAUUCCACUUUUGCUCGUUUCUUCUGUUAUCAGUGUUCAUGAGGUUAUGUUAUAUGCCUGAUAUAAUGUUCUGCACUCCACACAGCACUAAAGUAAAGCCAUACGAGUUAUCUGGACCGAAACUGUUAACAUCAUUACAUCUAGCAAGUUAGCAUUAUUAGAUACGUGCCUGUAGUUAAUACUGAUAUCAGUAUUAAGCGUUUGUGAUCGAUACAUAUAAAUCGUCCGUGGUAUGAAUGGCAUUUGAUGCUUCAUUAUGACUAUAGUGAACACGAGCACUUUUCCGAACUCUGACGUCAAAGGUUUUCGGACCCGUGCUUGUAACCCGCACAAGUAAAAACAAAAUAUACAAAUAAUCAACAUUCCUACUGCAAAAUAAGGUGAAGGUGCUGGUGUUGUCCUCAACAUCCUGGAUUAAACGAACGCAGGAUGGAGAAUGUGAAAGCAGAAGAACAGGCGACGACGAGGAGGCGGCGGCUGGACAGCGGUCUCUCUCCUCAACUCGAGCCCUCGGAGAAGGAGGCCAGAGCGCCCGACGGGGGGUGGGCGUGGGUGAUCCUCGUCGGCGCCUCGCUCAUUCUGGUACUGGUCGACACGAUAGGCCAAUGCUUCGGUGUGAUCUUCUCCACCUUCCUCCUGGAUCUGGGAACCGACCUCACCACGAGUACCUGGAUCUUCAACAUCGCCAGCUUCUUGUGGUCUAUUACAGGCCCGUUCCUAGGACCUCUCGAGGAGGAGUUCGGCUGGAGGAGUGUGGCGCUGGGGGCCUCCUUCGUUCUCGCUGCUGGAACGGUGAUGUCGGCAUUUGUCACUUCCGCUGCGAUGCUGUUCUUCACUUAUAGCACGUUAGUGGGUCUUGGCUGCGGUGUCCUGUACAACAUCAGCUGCAUGAUCGUGCCGUUCUACUUCAAUAAGCGGCGAGGCCUGGCCAACGGAGUCCUCAUGGCCUGGGAGGGGGGUGGCCAGUUCCUGGGGCCUCCUCUCAUCAAUUUCCUUCAGGCGCAGUACGGCUUUCGAGGCGCUACGCUAGUGCUGGGAGCUAUUGUCUUCAACUGCGCUGUCGGAGCUGCAGUCUUCCAUCCGGUUGAGUGGCAUUUGAAGCCUUUAGAGAAGUCAGAGGGCGUGAGGCCAGAGUCCUCACAAGGAAAGGUCCCUGACGCACCCACGUUGUCAAACGAGGGUUCGGAUUCUCAGGCGUCUGCAGAAAAUGUCCUUAGCAAGCAAUCGGAAGAAGGGAAGCCAAAAUCUCCCCGGUCACCAGAUACACUCAGACAACCAAACCAAUCGCAAGUGCCACAAGUCCAUCGUUUACCAGACGGAAUUCCAGAACAACAGAAGUCGCCACAUCCCGCUGCCAAAGAAAAUACCAAAAAGCAGGAAGACUCAACAAUAGUUCGUUUGAUCAAAUCCACGCUGGCGGACCUUUGCAUCCUGAAACACGCAAGAGCCGUUGUCAUCGCCCUCAGCAUAACACUCACCCUCAACGCCAACGAGAACUUCCUAAACGUCCUGCCCUUCGCCAUGCAAGAGGCCGGCCACAGCCUGCAUGACGUAGCAACAGGCGUCUCGGUGUCGGCCUUGUGCGGCAUGCUGAUCCGCGUUGUCGUGUCGCCGCUCACAGACAUGCCCAAGUUCAACAUGAGGGUUGUCUUCAUGUUUGGCAGCCUCGUCGUCGCCCUUUCAAUGAUAGCCUUUACACAAAUGGAGGAUGUCCUGUGGCUGACAGUUGUACUAGGAGUGUGGGGCAUCGGCGUAGGUAUCAUCAUGAGCAUCUACGUUUUGAUCAUGAUCGACUACAUGGGACUGGAUGACUUCGUGCCGACGUUCGGAGCGACGAUGCUCGUUGUUUCCUUCGGUUACCUCAUCAUCGGCCCCAUUCCAGGUUAUGUCCGCGACGCCACAGAGAGCUACACCGCCGGCAUUAGUUGUCUCGCGGCCAUGAUGGUGGCAAACUUCUUCCUCUGGGCUCUUAUGCCUCUGGCCGUUUCUUGGGACAACCGGAAGAGCAAUCCCGACCUUCACCUGCCUUGAGCUUCUGGAGAGCUUUUGCUUUAGAUCACUUGUUAGGGGUAGUAGCACCCUUUGCCAUUGAUCAAUUAUUAGAGAUAGCACCCUUUUUUACCGAUCAUUUGUUAGGAAUAGCACGUUUUGUUAUUGAUCAUUUGUUAGUGACAUCACCUUUUGUCAUUUAUCAUUUCUUAGGGAUUACACCAUAUGUUAUCAAUCAUUUGUUGGGGAUAACAUCACUGAGCUUUUAAUAUUUUUAUUAUUUUUAGGUGCGUAUCAUUUCUUAAGGGGUAGUUGCAGGAUCCAUACUUUUUUUUUUUUUUUUAUACACACACUCUACACGUUCUCUGACGCAGUGUAGUCCGUCUCAUAUCAUUUUACUAGAUUCAUUACAUGUUACAAUUUAUCACAAUAUAUCGCCUAUAAUCAUGUUCACCGCUCUGUACAAAUAAAACACGUUUUUUCGUGUUCUCAAUCAGGUAUAUCUUAAAACUGAUUUUUGGAAAAGGUACAUAUAUUAGUAUUUUGUAAUCACUGUAGUCGAUGACGAUUGUUACCACAUCAAUUUUGAUUUUACGUAUUUUAAAUUUCGAACUUCGUAAAAAAUAUAUAUAUAUAAAUAUAAUAUAUAUGUGUGCGUGUGCGUGUGCGUGUGCGUGUGCGUGUGCGUGUGCGUGUGCGUGUGCGUGUGUGUGUGUGUGUGUGCGUGUGCGUGUG